AUGUCGAAAACUCAAGCCAAGACACCUUCUCAUCCCAGAUAUGAGGAUAUGAUCACAGAAGCGAUAAUGAACUUGAAAGAAAGAAAAGGAAGCAGUCGUCAGGCAAUUAAAAAGUAUAUUGUUAAUAACUAUAAUCUUCCUGAUAACGGACGCACAAACUUCGGUCUUCGUAACGCGAUCUCCAAAGGUGUAGAAAAUGGUGUUUUCACGUAUCCAAAUGAUUCUAAAGCCUCCGUCAAACUAACCAAGAAAGAACCGGCUAAAAAGGAAAAAGAUGCCGACAAAAAAGUUGUCGACAAAAAAGUUACCGACAAAAAAGUUAAAACGAAGGCCGAAAAGAAAGAUGCCAAAUCUGCCGUAAAGGAUGAAAAGAAAGAAGUCAAACCUAAUGCUGAAAAGAAUACUAGAGCUAAGAAAAAUGUUCCGCCUGCAAAAACUACUAAGCCUGCUGUAAAAAAAUCCGUAGCAACCUCGAAAAAGACAAGAUUGACCAAAAGUGCUGAAAAAAACACGACAGGCUUGAGGAGAUCACCGAGACACACUAAAUAA